GAUGAGCUCAUCAGUAAUACUCAUUCCAUCUUGGAUAUUCUCAGUCUCAAAUGGUUAUAAUUAUGCAUUGCUACAUGUUCACUCACUCUUUUUGCUUCCUGUUCAGUCUGCCUUCAUAUGUGACUCACUUGCACAGCCUAAAAGUAAACAUGCUAAGCAGUGCGGAGUUUGUGGAGGCCCUGGACCGUCUAGGUUUCCCCGACGCAUCGUCACUGAACCCCUCAGAUUUUGAUUGGGCGUUCGAAUCCAGUUCGGGGUGCCAUGACUUCUUCCAUUUUAUCUGCCGGACUCUCAACAAGAGCAAUGUCAUCACCGCCGAAGAGGCUCGUGCCUUCCAGAAGCUGAAGGAGUCCGGCAAGCCGAUCCUGGAUGAAGCGGCUUUGAGCAAGGUCCUGAAAACCUUGGCGCCUUCAGAUGAGAGCGCUGAGAAUGACCCAGCCCUGUUAAAUUCGUCAUCUUCCACCUGUGGCUCGGAUGAUGAUUUGAGUAUCGAGGAGUUGGAGGAAGAACUCCAAAUGCUGGAGAAAGAGAAAGCGCUUAAGGAACGGCGCUGUAACAAGCUGCAGGUCUUCGCCAUCUCCGGUGCAGGAGAUGACCAACAACUUAACGCAGAGCUGGAGAGCGCGAAAUCAAAGAUGAACGCAGCCAUGGCUUCUAUUGAAGUGGAGAAUACCGAUACCAACACACUGUUAGAAGGCCUCACAGACAAACUGCAUCAGCUUGAAUCGCACUUGGCGAAGGAGGGGGAGCAGGAGCAGGUCAAAGAAGGUGAUCCUGUGGCACGGGUCCCUGAGAAACGCACUGCCCUCUUGUCUCAGCUGUCCUUGGAUUCAUUCCUGGAGUUGGAGAAGAACAACAGGAAGAAACUAGCUCUGUUAUUAAAGAGUCCUUUAAACCCGAGCGUUUCAGAGCUUCUUGAAACCUCUUCCACUGCGCACUCCACGGUGGACCGGAGCGCUCAUGCAGACGAGGAGGAGAACAGGGAGCGGUUGGUGGCCUACAAGAGGGCAGAGAUGGCUCGGAUUCAGUGGUCCUACAUCAUGGCUCAGUACCAGCUGAUUCAAGCAACCGCAGAAGAGAACGGCCUCAUGGCUGGAAUCAAGUGGCUCUCAGAUCUUUCUCCCGCCAAGUAUCUGUCAAAGUCCCCCCUCGGGGGUAUGACUGAGGAUGAGUUGGUGAAGGAACUGCAGGCUACAGAGGUUAAACUCGAAGAGAUGCUCCGUGAUGAAGAUAUUCCCGCCCUUCUGAGGAAGGCGGCCAGCUCCCUGAGCGUGCCGGUCGUCAGCGCAGACCUGGACAUACAGCUGGCCAAGUGUAAAGACUACAGUUCCGUCCAGUCCGAGGUCAUUGACUACUUACUACGCCACCAAGCGUCUCUGUGUAUGAUCCUUGUUGCUCUGAAGGAAGAGCUGAAGAAGUGGACGUCGUAUCACAGUGACCUGGAAAAGCUGCACAAUCAACUGGUGAAGGACAGAGAGGCAGCGUCUCUGAGGAUGGAGUCCCUGGCACGCCUGGACCAGGACCAGGACCUCAAGCCGAGCCCUGUCAUCACCUCCAAGGACGCGUCUUUCAGCAGACUGCUCCAUUUUCUGGAAGACGGUUCCAGCCACGAUCGCCCGGAUCCUCUGCAGAGAUUCAGUGACCUGGAUGACGCCGCUCAAGCUUUGACGAGCGACCUGGAGUCGAACAGAGCCGCUGCGGAGGUCGCCCGUCGAGAGCAACGGGAUGUGGCGACUCGCCUCGCCGGCCGCUGUGAGAAGCUGCACCAGGUGGUGUACAACGAGCUCCAGCACUUGUUCUUGGGCCCACACGCACACCCGGUGGCCACGGCUGGCAAGGCGCUCGUCUUGCCCAACGCACAGGAGCUGACGGCGCACCUCUUCGAAGUGGAGACCCAGCUGCAGAGUUUACAGAAACAGCUGCAGGAAGUCAUGGGGGAAAUCAGAGCCAAGCGUUCCGAGUUGGAGCGCAACAAACACCUCAGACAGGAGAGGGAGCUCUACAUCCACUUCAACCUGAAUCCCGAGAAACUGGAGAAGAUCGUUCAAGAUGUCGAAAGCAAAGGGAUGAAGAAGAAACGGCAGAAAUGAAACAAGCUAGAAUAUGCAGAUUGCUUCAGACAGCUGAAGAUAUUUGUUUGAGCUGUAUAUGCGUGAAUGAAUGCACCACGAUUGGUUUGAGAUGUUACAACAAACUGAUGUUCAUAAAAACUGUUUUUCUGUAAC